AAAACGUUUCAGUAAAUUUAACCCGUGAUGUUUGCACUCGCAAGAAGGCAGCAGUUCAUUCUUGACUCUGUUUUUCUUUAUGUUGUGCUGUUGCGCACAUAUUUAACGGACGUGCGUCUGGUCGUUUUGGUCUUUACUAGUGGACAACAUGAAUCAUUAAUUUCCCUGAACGUCUAAAUGUCAAUCUAAAGGAGCCCGCAGGAGGUGAAGCGGAUUCCUCUGGUCACGCUCCCGCAAUUAUGGCGUCCGGAUAUGGGUACGAAUCGCGGACUAUAGGCAAAGAUGAUGUGAACUACAGGAUGCAUUUCCGUAUGAUCAACGAGCAGCAAGUGGAGGAUAUUACACUGGACUUUUUCUAUAAGCCGCACACAAUAACACUGUUAACAUGCACAGUGCUCAGCUUGAUGUAUUUUGCAUUUACAAGGGAUGAGACAAACGAAGACGCCAACUUGUGGGUGGGCCUCAUCCUGGUCCUCUCCUUCUUCCUGGUCAUCAGUGUUCUGGCCUUCCCUAACGGACCAUUUACCAGACCACAUCCGGCGAUAUGGCGAAUAGUUUUCGGUCUGAGUGUGCUGUACUUCCUGUUCCUGGUGUUCAUCAUCUUCCUAAACUGGGAGCAGGUGAAGAACGUCAUGUACUGGCUGGACCCCAACCUGCGCUACGCCACCCGGGAGGCUGACAUCAUGGAGUAUGCAGUGAACUGUCACGUGAUCACCUGGGAGCGAAUCCUGAGCCACUUUGACAUAUUUGCCUUCAGUCACUUCUGGGGCUGGGGCAUGAAGGCCCUGCUCAUCCGCAGCUAUGGCCUCUGUUGGACCAUCAGCAUCACCUGGGAGCUCACUGAGCUGUUCUUCAUGCACCUGCUGCCUAACUUUGCUGAGUGCUGGUGGGACCAGCUGAUCCUGGACAUCCUGUUGUGUAAUGGAGGAGGCAUCUGGAUGGGUAUGACUGUCUGUCGCUUCCUGGAGAUGAGGACCUACCACUGGGCCUCCAUCAAGGACAUCCACACCACGACGGGGAAGAUCAAACGUGCUGCGCUCCAGUUCACCCCGGCUAGCUGGACCUACGUCCGCUGGUUUGACCCCAAGUCUUCCCUGCAGCGCGUUACCGGGGUCUACCUCUUCAUGAUCAUCUGGCAGCUGACAGAGUUGAACACAUUCUUCCUGAAGCACAUAUUUGUGUUCCCGGCGUGCCACGCCCUCAGCUGGUGUCGGAUCCUCUUCAUCGGCAUCAUCACAGCUCCCACCGUGAGGCAGUACUAUGCCUACCUCACAGACACACAGUGUAAGCGUGUUGGGACACAGUGCUGGGUGUUUGGGGCCAUAGCGUUCCUGGAGGCCUUGGCGUGUAUAAAGUUUGGAAUGGAGCUGUUCUCCAAGACCCAGGUCCUCUAUGUGCUGCUGUGGCUGGUGUGUGUGGCCUUAAUCACAUUCCUGUGUCUGUAUGGGAUGGUGUGGUAUGCAGAGAUCUACGGCCCCAAAGAGAAGAGCUACUCUGAAUGUGAGGACAGCAACUACAAUGAGGACUUUGUGUCAGAACAAAGGAAAGGAGAACGGCAUUCUGAGGGUGAGGCUCCUCCCACCAGGCAGCGUGGGCGGAGCUCAGGGAAGAACAAAUCCACCAAUGGGCUGGGGAAGAAGUAAUGCUAGCCCUGCCACCCAGGGUGGAGUCCCGCCCUCUUCUCCUGUCAGAACCCCGGACCACAGAGGAAGAGGUGCAUGUUGGGAGAGAUGGGAGAGAAAGAAAGGAUAGACAACACUUUCCCUGUGCAUUUUAACGUACGGAGUAGCACCCAUCCAUAAGAGGGGAGAGUGGGCCCAGGUUAGGGGUCAGUGGACAGGAUAGACAGACACCAUGUCCAUGCAGGGUUGUAGAGGAAGGAGAGGGGGGGGGGAGGGGUGGCCGAUAGAUCAGAGAACCACACAGAUACCUACUGGUGGUUCACACGGUCAGAGCUCCUACCUACCCUACGGCUGAUCAGUUUGUGUGUCUGCGUAAGCAUGUGUGUGUGGUGGCAAUAUUGCUUCUCCUCAGUCAGAACCGAAGAAUGCAUGUUCCAUUGUACAGGAGUUGGUAAACUACUGAUUGGAGAGCUACGUUUAUCCUGUACCAUAUAUCUUUCAUGUGCUUCAGCCCAUAGAAUUAGAAUACUAGAAUGGAUAUGAACCUUCUUAUGAUGGUAUACAGGCUGUCGGCCAUUUUGGUCAGGGAGUUGCUCAACCAUGGUUAGCCAGUGCUGUGAUAAGAUAUUUUGUAAAAUAAUGAAUUGGGGGAAUUUGUCUACAGUGUGUUUGUUAGCUAGCUAACCGGGCAGCUUUUAGAGGAACGAUUCAAUUCAUUUGUCCAAUUAACUGUCAAUAUGCCAACAUUCCAUUCCAACAAUCCAUUCACUGGCUGGUUGGACUUCGGCUAGUUGUAAAUGCAAUAAGUUAGCUAUUGAUUAUUGUAUCAUAGUGGCACUCAGUUUUCCAAGAAAACAACAACAACAAUUUUGACAUUUAUAGUCUGUUUACAUAUAUUAUAGAGGCUAUAUCAACAUGUGUAUAAAACCUGUAUAAACUGUAUUUAUAAUUCUGACUAUUUUAGAUUGACAUUAGACAUUUCUGAUAUCACAUGCCUUACUUUUGUUUUCCUGUAGAAGUCAAAUCAGGAUUAUGCCUCUACUGCCAUUAAUUUCAGUUAGACUGGUUAUGAUUCCUCCCUGAACAAUAUGGCUUCCAUUAUUCACCCUAUCCUGGAAAUGUGAGGGUUUAUGACAAAGCCCCCCCCACCCCCCCACCCCCAUCAGACUACUGUAGGUAAAUGGAGCCCUAUUCUCUAUAUAGUGCACUAAGCUUGACCAGACCCCAGUCCAAUGUACUGCACUAAGAAGACAAUGGGGUCCAUUUGGGAAGCAGAGAUGAUGUAGCUGUGUAAUAUGAGUUGGACUCUCGUGUUGACUACUGUAGAGGAAGGCUGUUAUUCUCUGCUUCAACUCUUCAUCAUCAGUUGGUUCAUAUUUCUAAGUGUUCACCAUUUUUGGUUUGUUUUUAUGACUUGAACAAAGAGAGGAAUGUGAACAGAGGCCAUAUUUAUCAAACAUCUGAGUAGGAGUGCUGAUCUAGGAUCAGGUCCCAAUGUAAUCGUACUCAUUAUGCUCUAGAAUACUCAAACUGAUCCUAGAUCAGCACUCUACUGUCAGUAGAGAUGUUUGGUUCAUAUGGCACCAGGAUUUACUGAUCCUAGAUCAGCACUCUACUGUCAGAGUAGAGAUGUUUGGUUCAUAUGGCACCAGGAUUUACUGAUCCUAGAUCAGCACUCUACUGUCAGGGUAGAGAUGUUUGGUUCAUAUGGCACCAGGAUUUACUGAUCCUAGAUCAGCACUCUACUGUCAGAGUAGAGAUGUUUGGUUCAUAUGGCACCAGGAUUUUAAUGCAAAGCUGCUUUGGCAUGGAAGGACGGACAUUUGUGAUUGUUGUGUUUGACCUCCUGGGUCAGAGAAUUGUCUUUGUGCUCCAGCAGCUCCAUAUAAACCGUUGACUUCCGCUGUUUUGGAGAUGCUGUACAUUGACUGUAAUGUUUUGUGAAAUCAUCGUCUCGACCUUUGUGUGAUUUAUUAUGUGACGUCCCAAAUGGCACCCUAUUCCCUCUAUAGUGCACUACCUAUGACCAGAGUCCUCUGGGCCCUGGUUCAAAAGUAGUGUACUAUAAAGGGAUUUUGAUGCCAUUUAGGAUGCAGCCUUCCUCUCCCUUCACAUUUGGGCUGCUGUGUUUUUCCAGUAAAUGACGAGGCCAGUCGUUCAUAGUUGGAGCUUGGUCUGUCUGUGCAGGCAGGUAGCUUUGUUUUCCUACGAUGUGGAUGUUCUCUCCUUCAUGGCAUUUUGCAUGGCUAAGUGUGGAAAUGGAGUGUCUCGGGAGGGCCUGGGGGAGGCUACAGAUUUACUACAGUAGUAGUGACAAUAUGGUCUUUGCGUCAGUGUCGUACCACAUCAGUAAGCCAGUAUUCACACCAUGUCUUUUUUCAGUGUUGCUGUGAACAUUUUUAAUUCAAUGCCCUUGUGCCUGUAUGUAUGUAUGUAUGUAUGUAUGUAUGUAGUUUUGUUCUUUUUAACACUUGUUUUGCAGUUUGUAUUCAGCCUUCUACAUUUCUCCUUGAGUCUUUAUUCUAGUGUUCUAUUGAUGGUUAUAAACUGGGUGGUUCGAGCCCUGAAUGCUGAUUGGCUGACAGCCGUGGUAUA